GUUCUGACAGCUCUAUUGUUUCUCUGUACUGUCCACCUCGCUCUUGUGCGCUGACAAAAAAUAAGUGCCAAAAGCUCAUGGAAAUCUGCCUGCCGUGGCAUAAUUGAGCAUCAAACUAUUCAAUCUGAUAAAAACAAAUCGUGAACACUACAAAAACAGCACUGUCCCAUUUUGAGUCAGUGUUUCUGUAGGUGCAAGAUGUACAGCUUUAUGGGAGGCGGACUGUUUUGUGCGGGAGUGGGAAAUAUACUCCUGGUAAUCUCCACUGCUACUGAUUACUGGAUGCAGUACCGCCAGUCUAGUAGUUACAUGCAUCAGGGCCUGUGGCGCUACUGUGUACCUGGGAAAUGCAUGACACACACAGACAGCAUUGCAUACUGGGAUGCCACCCGAGCCUUCAUGAUCCUGGCCAUCCUAGCUUGUUUCUUUGGUAUCAUCAUUGGUGUCAUGGCUUUCAUUAAUUACUCCUCCUUUGAUAGCUUUGACAAAACCUUUGCUGCGGGAAUUCUCUAUUUCAUUUCAAGCUUAUUUGUGUUGCUGGCCAUGGCUAUCUACACUGGGAUGACAGCGAACUACUAUGGAAAACGUUAUGGGAAUUGGCGGUUCUCUUGGUCGUACAUAAUGGGUUGGGUUUCUGCUGUGCUCACAUUCUUUUCAGGGAUCUUCUAUAUGUGUGCUUACAGGAUGCAUGAACCAAGAGGCCCCAUGCCAUGCUAAUCCAUUCAGUUUGAAUGUGAACCAACCCUGAUCCCUUCAUUUUAGACCUGACAUGUAUUGUUUAUUUUUAAUGACAAAAUAUCAACUAAUAAAU